UAGAGGUUUCACGAGAUACGGAGGUUUCCUACGUCCAGGCAUAUGACAUUUCGUUGUUUGAGAUGUGUUUGAGUCAAAGCAUACGUAACUCGUUUCGAGACGUGCGAGUAGAAUACGCGUUAACGUCUCUGGUUGCUUCAUCGAUAAAUCGUACGGUAUCCUACACGUUUUGACCAUAAUUUCUGCCUAUCGUAAAUCUGGAAUAGAAGACGGAAGAUGUGCAUGAUUUAUAUCUAUUUGUGAGAGAAACGUGAAUUACCAAGCUUUUAUAUAUAAAGGUAGAAAAGUAAGAAAGAUCGGCGUAGAUGUUGUGCUUUGAGCUACCGAUAGAUCUCCGAGCGGUUUCGUCCUUCACCCGGAAAAGGAAAUUGAAGACCAUCGGGAUACGGUUUGGUGCCAGAAUCAAUAAUUCCGGCGGCAGGCGAAGGCUGAACACGCGAAAUAUUCUGGCAAAGUCGCGACGAAUGACGGCGAUCCGUUGCCCCCGUGAUCAGAAGCCGUGAAUCAAUUCGUACACGCACGCAUCAAGCGACCUAAAUCCGCGUGAAUUAGUCGCUCGAUGUCGGAAGUGGCGAAUAGUCCGGGUAAUCGAUAAUCCGCCGCGAAUCGCUCCAGCAAAACUUUUCUCCGUCGGAGAAAAACCGAUACCAGUCGUUUUUGCUUUGAUAUACCCGCUUGGAAAGCCUGUUUUUUUUUUUUCGUUUUUAUCAGCCGUUUUGCGAAGAUCGUGAACUUUAUGUUAAAAGGCGUCUCUGAUCGAGUGGAUUCGCUGCCGAUCGAUCACGAAUUUUCGACGUCGCGAGUUAUUAGGUUGUUGCAUAUGAAACGAUCGAUUUCACAAACGCGUGAAGAUUUCAGGCUAUACUAAAGUGACUAAAAGUGCUAUUGAAUAAUGUUUAUUGGAUGCCGAUGUAAAGCUUGAAGCUCGAGAGACGAGACGUAAUCAGUGUUUUGUCGAUCGUCUUAUUAUUAAAAGGGAAAUUAUGUGCAUAUCUGAGCGAAUCGUGAUUUCACAUCGAAUUGGAGUAUCUACACAAUUUUAAAUCUCGACUCUAACAGAAUAAAAACCAUAUUAAGAAAAUAUACAAUCUGCUGUUAACGUCGAGUGCUCACUAAAGUAACAAAACCUGAAGCCGCGUUAACGUGUAUUUGAUUUUAAUGCUGUACCAAAUUGACAGAUACAAUUUGUUGAUUCCACUAGAAGAUCGGUAUUGCUCGGUAUAGAUCGGUAGUCAUUGAGUUGAAAGGGCUAGCGCAGAAAUUUUAGAUCGAGAAAUAGAAACAGAAAGAUGAAUCGAAAUCUGAUCAAGGAUGAUUAAUAUAUCGAGAUAUUGAAAGAUAUUGGUCUUAAUGAUCGUAACUUUGUCUUACAACAGCCAAAAUAUAUCGGCUCUAUCAAAUCAUAAUUCGAUUAUCGCCGUUUUCAAGGAAGCUACGAAAGGUUUCAGCCGUUUCACCUAAAUCUAAUAAUCUGAUAAAAGCGUACCUCAAAACUGUUGCAUCCAUCAAAAAGACCACGUUACGCGUGUCAAACUGCCCCCUUCCCUGCGCUUCCCUCGCAAACACACAAAGUUAACUCGAUAAAAACUUUGUUGCAUCCCGUGCAAGUAACUUGAUCGAUAAUAUCUAUUACGUUCUUUACGAAAACGAACAAUCGGUUUAAAGCCAGAUACCCGAUUGAAAUUUCUUACGUAUGUGGUCCGCAAGAAGCGUCGUAGUCGUUUAACAAUGUUUCUCGGUCGCGUGCAUUGAACGUUGCACUAUGAAAUCUCGCGUAACGUUCCGUUGGCCUUCGAUUUCUCGUUACUUUUGCAAAUCGUUUAGUCGGCCGUUUUUCAUUCUCCGUUCUGUCUAGCUUUCGUUCACGUGAAAUAAAACGUCGACAGAGAGCGAGAAGUAUAGACGGAGAGCAAUGCGAAACAGGUUACCGAACAAUAGGGAAAAUUUUAUCUACGCUCCGUACGAAAAGUUGGCGGUUUUGUUUUCCUGGCUUUCUAUCGGCGAUCCGGCCGGUUAAUUUGCAAUUAUCGAUUGAGCGGCUUUCGUCGGGAUCCGAAAGCGUGUAAAGGCCGUCGAAACGUCGAACACGCUAUCCGAGAGCAGUUUUAUCCGAGCGAAUUGGGUCACCAGUAUCGUAUUGCCAAAAGUUGAUCGAGUCGAACUCUUCCGUCCCACCCAUUCAUCCUAUCGUUACGUCAGGAGCGAGUCCCCUAGGUAAUGUCAGAAGACACCUAUCGAGCCUGUUUUAUCGUUAGACCGGUUAGACAACCGAACGUAACUUCUUCGUACAUGUUUCCGAGCAGUGAAAUUGAAAAAUUCGUGUAAAUGGAGUUCAUCGUUGUGGCUUUCGAGAGAUAUUACAAAUCUCGAGAGUUUAUAGUUUAGCGCGUACGGUGUACGAGUUUCACGUACGCAAAUGAAAGGAUUAAAAAAUGCGGGUAAAUUAUGGAAAAAAAUCGAAUUUUUAAAAUAUAUAACACGGGGAAGAAUAAAUAUAAUUUUCGAAGAACACAAUGUCACCUGCCUGUGUUGUUAUACCCAGUGACAUAACCCGAGAUAACGAUGUGUUCCGCGUGAUAAACCUUGAACUCGAAUCGUUGACGUCUCGCUGUCUUAACGACUUGUUCUCACGUAAACUAAUCUAAAGCUGUCUAAUUUAUUGGAUUACGAAUCCGUUCGAGAAUCGUAUAUUUUUCGACAACUUUUUCUUGAAACGUAUUGCUCGAAAGAAUGGCGCAGCAGGUUUAUACGUGGCAAGUACUAGACGCGUCUCAGAGAUAAAGCGCCCUAAACACUUUCAGAAGAAGUUUGGAAAGCGUAAAUAUACCAUUUUACUGGUUGCGUUAUGACGCUGUUAAAAUUUACGCCCGCUUGAUUUAAGCCGCGCCCAUACGAAACCGUUCAAGCAAUUUACCAGAGAAUUCGCGUUUCACGAGCAUAUGGAUGGCUUCUUCGCGCGUCUACCUUUGCUCUAUUACGUAAAUAUCGGAUCACGUUGAUACUAUUUUCAUGAUCUGUAGGUUAUCUCACUAUUUUCUAAUUAAAUAUUGUAAAUCUGGGUCGGCCAAUGCAGAUUAAGAGAAUAAUAAUACAAAUUGCAUAAUAGCAAGUUUAAUUAAAUGAUCAAAUAGUGGUGGGUUAUUUUAGAGCGAAGGAAAAAGAAUUUCAUAGUCAGUGGAGCGAUCGUCGGUGGACGUCAGUGAGGAACAGUGGUUCCCUAUUUAGAAUUUCAUUUUGAUCGUUUAAUAUUCCACGCUAUGCGCAGUAUGCCGGUGUUUGCGGCACCCUCGUGCCACGGGGUGUUUUCCGCGCAAUCUUGCCAUCUACUCUUGGCGCAACAUCGUCAUCCUUCAACUUUGCGAAACUUCCAUUGCAAGCGUGUCUUCUCGUGGCUCUGUUGGCCGUUUCCUUGAUGGAAGACACAGUGUCGAAGAUUUUGUGGUAUCUCCAUCCUUUCGCGCUUCGUGUUUCGCAUACGCAGCAUUCUAGAUCGUAUAAGUUGUUAUUCGCUAAAAGAUAAAUACGUUUGUUAAUACGUAUAAUUGGUACGACGAUAACCAGCUUUCUUCGCGUAAGUUUCGUUUAUAGCGCAAUUUUUAAUUAUCUUUCCUGUGUUCAACGCGCUUUCGUACUGCACAAAUUCUUUUGCCUGCAAUUGCGGCACAUUUCACCGUGAACUCUUUACUCUCGCACGUCAACACAAAAAUCUUUCUAUUUCGUGCAACGUUUAAAUCGAUCCUUCCUUCAUCGAGACCACGUUUUUUCUUUUGCGUUGUCGAAAGAUUCGCGGAACAACCUUUUUCGUCGGUAUCAACGACUGGGCGAAGGGAAACAACUAGGUUCCUCGAUUUACGAAAUCGUCUAUUUCAAACCUGAUCGGGGGUUCAUCGAACCAGAGAAUAGACUAAACCAGAUGCCGGCUAAAUCCGUAGCGUUUGGCGACUUUGACCGCAACUUCAAAGCAUCUUCUUGCUUGGACAUUGUCUAGAAAAUUAUUAUUUCCCAGUCGAGAAAUCAUUUUAACCGUGUCAAGGUAUCCGAGCCAGAAAUGUCCUUCGCGUAGAAAUCGUUAUUAAUUUCGACGAGAUUAUUGAAGCAGAGUAUGAACGUGCGUGGAACGCGCGGGAUUUACUCGGCCGUUUCGCCGUUUAUUUCCAGCGUCAUCUCGAACAAGCAGACGGGCUCGCAAUGAUUCAAUCAAGCGUGAACGCGCUCGCUCCUCCAAUCCGACAGUUUUAUUGUUCUGGGGCGAAGGUGGCUGAACAUGAAACUUAAUGGUUGCACUGUUCUUGGCGGGAUACCCUUGCUAGGAUCCGCGUUGAUUAAUGAUCGAGUACUGCCAUAAACGCUGAUAGAUUCGCCGCUAUGCGUGCGAACCUCGCUCGUUACAGCUCCGGGAAAAUGAGAAGGAAUUCCUGCGAGUUGUAUAAGCUGACGUUUCCAAACAAUACGAUCACGAUCGACGAAUUUUCCAUUAGACGAAAUCGUUGUUGAACGUCACAUUUUUUCUUCGCGUCGCGUUUCUCCUUGUCCGGAUAAGAUAGGCUUCGACAGGGGAAAGAUCGUAUAGUUGCGAGCACGGCUGAAUUUACGGCGAGUGUUUCUGACGUUUGAGAAACUGGCGAUAACUUGGGUGCACCGGGGAUGAUCUUCGUUACUGUUUUUUUAACCACAGAAUUAACGAGGCUACGAGUAUCGAUUUCGUUGAUUCUGUUCACUGGUCGAGUUAACACGUUUCACGUGUACCACGUGAAUCUCUUUAGGAUGCAGAAUCGAAUGUUGGAAAUGCGAAGUGAUGAAAAAUCACGGCACCGUAGAAAAAAUGUUUUACGAUAACUCGUAUGAAACAAACGUUAUGUAAAAUUUAACGAUGCAAAGACAGGUAUGGUGGACAGCGAAUGUAUGCAGUGAAUGUUUACGAAUGUAUGAAUGAAUGUUAUAUAUUUAAACUGAAUUAAAAGGUGCAAAAGUGUACAGAAAACUCACACAAAGCUGUAUAAAAUAUGGAUCGCCGUAAUAUUCGAUAGAUGCGAUUAAAAUCUCUGCCUAGGUUGUAUUUCUUUGGUCGAAUUCACAGAAAUAUGAUUUUGCGUAUACGUUCGCAGCUGUAGAUGAAAAUCGAAUGUGUAGCGAUCUAAUUAAAGAACUUUAAAGAAGUAAAAUGUAUUUCUGUGUACAGAAAUAGUACGGAAGUUAUAAUCGUCCAAUCGGUGAACGUGUUAAUUGAAAAUCGACGUGGGAUUGGAGAGCCGUGUUUUUCCUAAAACGAGCAUCGCUCUCCACGCUAUGUUUAGUAUUAUAGAAACGGGCAUACGAAGCGAAUCGGACCUGUGUCUCCUUGCUAAACCGCGUCAGCUGGCUAAACUUGGAACUUAGACUUUCGUCUGGCUUCCGUUGAACGGCGCUCGGCGUACUCGACCAUUUUUGUUUUACAGUUUAUGUAAUCCUUAACGCGAACAUCGCUUUCAAUAUUUUUAGAAUCGCACUUUUCUUUCAAUGACUCGGUCUGGCGCACGCGGUCACCCGUCAAUCUUCCAUUUUCUAUUCAAAUCGUAAGAAACUGAAUCAUCGUUUCACGCGUUGCUCUUCAUUUUACUUGCGAGAUAUUUAUCGUAACGUUGAUCGAUUCUCCAUUUGUACGAUGCACCUUGCACAUCAUCCCAUUAUCAAAACGUCAGAUUUUCGACGCUUGGUUUUUGAGAAGAUCAAGUUUAAAGUUCAACGGAUGCUAUACACGUAAUCGUACGUGUAAUCGCGCUGUGCGUUAUUGACUCUUAAAAUGCAUGUAUUUAUUCAUACUGGAGAUAGGUGCUAAAUAGUUGCACCGAGCGUCUAUUCUUCGCCCAGUCUUCGCACAUAGUUCACUGCAUCUCGAAAUAUUCUGUAUACGCUAUUCUCGUCCUCCAUUAUGCUCUUAAACGUCUCUAUGCGCAGUUGGUUUCUUCGUUUUGAACGUCGCGUCGAGGAGAAUGGGAACGUCGAUCGAUGGAGAAAGUUGCGGUUCCUUUCGAUUUUUAUUUAAAGUAAUCGCUAGACUGGCGUGCCAGUGGCAACGACGAUGAAAAUCAUAGGGCCAGAAAGACAAAGGGAAGGCCGGCGAUUCCGUGGGGGCAGCUAGGAGGCUGGAGAUACGAAGGCCGAAACGAAAAACGUGCAGAAAGUCUGUGUUACACAGCCGGAGAAAAAGAGAGAAAAGAACGAAACUCUUCGGCUGCGUAGCUUUCUCAUUAUCGCGAUUGUUCCACGAUGGGUACCGGUCGACAAUAGGCGACACAGUUUUUUCGUCGUGGAAGAAAGAACCGUGCUGUCUCUCCUUUUCUUUCUUCUCUUGGCUGCCCUGUCUCUUUCCUCGUCUCCGUUUCUUUCUCUCUCUCUUUCUCUCUCAUUUUGUCUUUUUUCUCCUUCCAGGCUCGUCUUGAGUUGCAAUAGUUUCCAUUGUACCAGUACGUAACUAGAAAGAGGUCUACAAACCAUCAAUAGUAGGUCAUCGGCUGGUUGUUGGUACACGCGCUUAUUUGCUUCCUCUCUUUCUCUCUCUUUCUCUCUGUCUUUUCUCUGAUGUUACUUUUCGAGCUCUGUUUCUCAUUUUUCGGCUCAAGACGGUUUACGAAAUAGAUACAGAGAAUAAUUAAGAUCGUGGCUAAAUGAGAAAAAGGUAGCAGUACAAAACAUUAAUCGCACCUCUGGUCAAAUAUCAUGCUCCAUGUACCAAUUUUUAGAUUAAGCUAACUCCGAGCUCGAGAUCUUGGAGGUUUCGAGGUUUCCUCGGAGAGUCGGUUGAUGAAACUACUGAUCCCCCUGUUGUUCUUCGUGUGUAAUCGUGUUCUUCCUGUGUAAUCAUGUAGUCCGUGUUUGUUCAGUAUUCGUUACCGAAAUAAUUCGGAAGUAAGUUACUCGUGUCGCGGCGUAUCAACUUUCCAUGUUUCCUCUUUUGUUUCACAACGAAAAUAUAUACCCAGGUUGAGAAAUCGCCUGGAUUACAAGGAACGCGCGGUAACAGGAAAAAACAACAUAAUUUCAUUCCGGUGAUAAAAGUAUGACGCGUUCGCAGUUAGCUGAAAACAGCUCCAACCUUCUCAUUUCGCCUUUCUCGCCUUGCUCGCUGGUGCUGAGAGUCUCGCAAUUAUACUUUGCAAAUCUGCGAUAAAAUAGAUUGCGAGUGUAAAUGUUAAAAAAAAAAAGGAGGAAAGAAAUACUCUUUGGGAAUCCGGUUAUCGCGUAAAUCGAACAAAUCUGUCGCUCUUUUUACCUGAGCGAGUUUGGCUUUGUACAGGUAAUAAACGAAAAAAUUUUCCCAAACAGAAAGCCGUCAUUUCGAGUUGUUUUAUUAUGUAUAUAAAUUUUGAAAUUCUAGAAACAAAGGGAAGCAAGUCUUUCUGCCAACUUGUAUGAAAAUGGCGAAGAUAUAACAAAUUUUUAUGAUAGAAAAUGUUUCUAUAAAAUGUAAAGAAAAAAAGUAACGUAAUAGUGGCGACAACACGAUCGACUAACAUGUGAAAAGGAGCGAAAAUCUGAAUUAAAAUCAUAAAGGGGGAAAAGGAUAGAGAACGGCGCCUCUGUAGAGGAAAAGAUAAUGGGGAUGCAAGGUACAUGCAAGGAAAAUUAUGUCGCGGAAAUGUCGAGAAUCUGUCUUGCUCGGUUCCCGUCGGUGAACCUAAAAAACAGCCGUCGAGGAGGUCGAGGAGACUCGCGGAGACACAACGACGUCAACGAGUGAGGAGACAAGAUGAAAGGGAUGAAAUGGUCUCGUGACGCAAUCAGUGGCGUAACUCGCUCAACGAAAAAGUCCUUUCGCUGCGAAAAUCCCAUUCUUUAUUCUUCAGAAAUUUUUUCGUAGAACAUGAACGGUAUAUCUCUGACCAGCAAAAAGUUUGCCCGAUUCUUUUUACGCGGUAACAAAAUUGAAACGCAACCGGAAGCUAUAAAUGAUCCAUGGACGAAAGAAUACUUAGCGUGCGGAGCAGAUGGCGUUACUACUUUCCAGUGAUACAGGUCAACGCUAGGUCGGCAUAUCGCCAAGUUUCUAUGGACAUAAAAGAAGUGAAACAGAGAUCAGAAAUCGUAAACGUUUUCUCCUUUAAUUUAAUUGAUUAAAAUUUUUGUCCCGUUAAUUGUAAUUACAUCAGCCUCUCGUGUGGGUUAUUUGUUAGAGGUGCAAAGGAAUACAAAGUUACGAUUAUAGAUUAUUAUGUAAUCUUAGAACAUCCUGAGUAAUAUAACGGUUCUUGUAUGGAUUUAUGACUUCGCAUAAAGUCGAUGAAUUUGACGAGGAAAUUGGAAGAAAUCGAUAAUCGAAAAAUUGGAUUGGCGACGAUACGCCACUGCAAGUUGCGGCAGACUCGAUUUAUCUUUAGCUGACGUCUUUAUCUCGGAGCAAAACAGUCCGGGUUUUUCACAGACUCGUGUUUCCACUAUUUUCGAUCUUCCAUCCCCUACCUCGUCCUCAGUCGCAGCCGUGCAUCCCCUUGAAGACAGCAAAUGGCACACGGCGCAUGCAACACGAUCUCUUUGUUGGCGAAGAAUGAAAAAGUCUGGCGUGUAUUGCUCCACCGAGCGGUUCGUGACUACACAAGCAACGCAACGGAGCCGUGAACAGUCCCGGUAGUGACAGGACAGACAGGAUACAGCCGCGUCCACCGAUGGCGGCCGCGAGCUUUCCGCCAAACUUCUCGAACGUCGGCAUAUUGGAGAACUGCGCCGGCAUGGAGGCAGCGAACGGUGCGAUCGAACACGAUUUUCACAAUGCCCUGGUGCCUAUAAACGGUAGCCAUUCCGGCAGCUCCGGCAGGAGUACACCGAAUGGCGGCGACCCGGCACCUGGCAAACUCUUCGUCGGUGGCUUGUCUUGGCAGACCAGCAGCGAGAAGCUCAGGGAAUACUUUGGCAUGUUCGGUACCGUCACCGAUGUCCUGAUCAUGAAGGAUCCGGUUACACAGCGUAGUCGCGGCUUCGGUUUCAUCACGUUCGCCGAGCCCGGUAGCGUGGACAAGGUGCUGAAGUGUCCAAUCCACACAUUGGACGGGAAGAAGAUCGACCCUAAACACGCGACGCCGAAGAACCGCGCGAAACAGGCGAAUCGCACGAAGAAGAUCUUUGUCGGCGGCGUGAGUCAGGACACUAGUAGCGACGAAGUGAAGGCCUACUUCAACCAGUUCGGCAAGGUGGAGGAAACGGUGAUGCUGAUGGACCAACAGACGAAGCGGCAUCGUGGCUUCGGAUUCGUCACGUUCGAGAAUGAGGACGUGGUGGACCGCGUGUGCGAGAUCCAUUUCCAUACGAUCAAAAACAAGAAAGUCGAGUGCAAGAAGGCUCAGCCCAAGGAGGCGGUUCAACCAGGCGCGUUGACCCUCGGCAAGAGGGUGGUUUUGGGAGCGUUGGGCGUUCGACUGGCGCCACAGCCUCCACUGCCGGUUGCUGCGGCCUCGCAGAUCGUCGCGGCUCAGGCGCAGGCCCAAGUGCAAGCUGCCGCGGCUGCGGCUGCGGCUGCCCAGGUACAAAACGCCGUCGCCGGAUACGGAAAACUGUUCGCCAGCAGUUACCCGGCUUUGUCCGCUUAUCGAUACGCGCCGUACCCGAUCCCCGCGGCGGCGGUCGCCGCAGCCGCAGCCGCAGCAGCGCCGGCCCCAGCUCCGGCUCCACCAGCAGCCGCUGCCGCCGCAGCUGCCGCGGCAGCAGCCACUCCUGCAGCGGCUGCCGCGGCUGCGGCUGCGCCCGCCAACCCCUACCAGGGAUACUCGCUCACCAACGUCGACAUGUCCAGCUUCCAGGGCGUCGACUGGGGUUCCAUGUAUGGAAUGGGCAUGUACGUUUAAAUGCCGUUGCUUCGGUCGCCUUUCACCCAACGUCGGCUCUGCGAUCGGAAAUCUUGCGCCGACCGAGUCUCCGCUGACUCUUCCUCGCGACGCGGGUGUCUUCGUUCCUUCGGACGAUUCUCGGUUUCUUUUCCUCUUCCUCGCCGAUUCUAUACUUAUCUAGCUGCCACUUUGAAAAAUGUUUCGCGUUUGAGUCAGCGCGAAAACUUUCGCCAUCGUCUUCCCGUUGAAUGGAUAAAAAUGUCUGCUAUCCUUUGUGUAAUCGGUUACCGGUUCUACAUUUGUUUUUGCUUUUGUCACGUAUUUGCAUUACGUGUUAAAUAUACUGAGAAUUUAUACGUUGAGAAGGAUGAGUCGUGGAAAGCGGUGCGAGAAAAAGAAACGAGAAGGGAGCGGAUACGGACAUAAACUCGAAAGCGUCGCAGAGUCCGAGGUGGUGUCCUCGACCAGGGCAUGAGGAUUUCCCAGCCCGAAAACCGAAAUUAUUCUUCUUGCGUUUACUACUCGUCGUUAUCGCUUGCCGAUUAAUUUAUUAGCGAGAGAGUGUGAAAGGCAGCGAGGACGAGAGGCAGAACAAUUGUAUGUAUGUGUGCAUAUGUAAAAGAGAAACAAGUCGCGCGUAAUUCGAUCGCAUCGUAUAUUUUGUUGCGGUAACCUUGCAUCCUUCGUUCGCGAAUUUUCGUAUAUAUUUUUCUUUUCCUUUCCUAUUUCCUUCAUUUUCAAUUUCUUUGAUUUCGUCCAUCGUAAUUGUUUCACGCGUUCCACGAUAUUCUCGCCACACAUUCGGUUCCUAGUUAGAUUAGCACGGUCCCUGGCAGAAUACGCGCGACGUUGUUCAACCGCGCUUGCUCGUAUGCUAAUUAAUUACUUAAUUAUUUAAACGAUAUCGGCGGUCGUUUCGCGACCGUUCCAUUCUCAAGGAUCUCGACCACGAAGCAAUAAAACAGGGGAGGUAGAAUGAAAAACAGAGAGAAAGAGGACAAAACAUUUGGAUGUGUUACACCGUGAACGAACGACCUCGCGAGCCCGAUUACUCACUGGAUUCGUUCGCUUUGCUUUUCUUUUCGACGUUUCUUUCGUCGGCUCCAUUCUAUAUCCUAUUUUGUCGAUUUACAAAAAAAUCGCGGGGCGACGUUGUUGGCAAGCCCGAACGAAAGCACGUGGAAAAGGAACGCUCCACGUUGUAAAGAGCGACACGAUCGCGGUCCGCGACACCCCUUUCUUCCGCUCCAGAGAACGAGGCAGUUCUCCUGUUUGUCGCGCGACAUACUCCUCCGCCUCGGUCAAAGUGCCAAACGAAGCAUAUGUGGAAACGUUCUAGCUGUUCGUCUGUCUAUUUCUCUCUUCGCCCAUCCGUUUGUCAGCUUUCGUCGCGAUCUCGGCUAACUUUUCUCUUCCCCUUUUUCCCCUUUUUUCCUCUUGUUUUGUCUCCGUUUUAGUUACUGCGCGCUUUCGUUCGGUGAACGACUGUUCGCGCGUUCGGUCACACGGUCGCAAACGCGCACGGUCAACCACGCGUACACGUAGAGAGAAAAAGCAGGCGUGCGAAACAGGCGUUACACGGGACGCGUUUAAAUAAGAUAGCGCAUAGGUAUACAUAUAUUUUUCUUCGAGUAACGGAAGACAAUAUUUCUCCAUCGCGCGAGUAGCACGAGCAGUCCGCGAUUCAACCGCGAUAUACAGAGAAAGGGAAGGAGAAAAGAGAAAAGAAAACACAUUUCUGAGGGAUACUCGUUUCUAGGUGUACUAGAGUCGCGAGCAACGCGGCCAAGAUAACAGGAACCCAAGAUUGAGAUUAGCUCAGCGUUAAUUAAGCGAUCCUAGUUGUAAGUUUCAAGCAGAUUAAGACUAGAAUUUUAAGGAAUUCGAAACAAAACGAGUCGAUACUUAAUUUAUACCUAUCCGUAGGCGUCACGCUGUUCUCGUUUUCGCGACCAGGGAUCGAUCGAGGCGACUGCAUCCGCGGCUCGAUCUUUCGCCGCUUUCGAUCGACUCGCGCCUUUCCAUCGGUGUAUUCGUCUCGCGUCUCUUCGUCAUCGAUCCUUCGCUCUUCGACCAACUCUUUUUCGCUCGUGAAAAUUUAUUUCUUUUCCCUUUCACCUCAUUCUCCCUUUGCUCUUCCGCCUUUCUUUCCUUUUUCUAUCGACGCUAUCACGAACGACCAUUUUCCUCGACAAUUGAUAAAAUAUGAUUUUUGUCACAUUUAUAGGAAUAUGUAGUAAACUGAGAUAGUUGAUUUUUCUCGAACCUCUAAAUAAUGGUAGAGAUACGUCAAUGCUUAAUUCUCACGUGGCAUCAUCCGGUUGCCGUAGUGUUAAGAAUAUUGCGUCGAGUGGAUAUCGUCGAUGCAGGAGCGCGAAGGAUCGACCGAGCGGACGAGAGAACAGACGAGUUUCCGCAAGACUUAAAUUAACGAUCGCAAUCUGCGAUUCUUCUAUUUAUUUAUGACACCGUUCUAAUUCGCGAACGAUUGGGCGGAAGAUGGUCGAACGAAACGGUCCCGCGCAUGCAGGCGCCGCGAUUUGCCGCUAGCAAACGACGAGAGAGAGAGAGUGGUCGUCGGCGAGAGGAACGCGAUGCCGCGAAACAAAUGUGAGAAACUUCGAGCAAUAAGCGAUCUACUGAAACUGUAAGCUGUGUAUUAUUUAAGUUUAACGAGAUACGAUAAGCGUGACGACACGAAUCGAGUGAGAAAAAGAAAAAAAGAAAAAAAAAAGGGAGACGAUAAUCUGUACGCGUAAAGAGAUAUUUAAAGGAAAGAGAUUCGCCGCUCCGGCGAACAGAGAAAAAGAAAAAAAAAAAAGAAAGAAAACGACGCGGCGAAAACGUGUUAUAGCGGAGCGGGAGAAGUUCGAAGAAAGAAUCCUCUUUCAAACGACAAGUAAUAUUCUUUAGUGAUAUAUACUUUAAACAUAUACUUAAUAUGUACCGUAAUAUUAACGACGACAAAGCUCGCGAGUGAUAUUUAUGACUUAUAAGAUGGUACUUAGAUGAAUAAGAAACAAAAAAAAAAUUUGAAAGAGAGAGUGGGAGAGUGAGCACGCGUGAGAGUGUGAGGAAGUAAAAGAGUUAGCGAAUGUAUGGAAGAGAGAGAGUGAGAUAACGAAGCACGCCUUAAUACGAGAAAUCGCGGAAACAGGUACGCGUGCACGCGUGCGCGUAAUCUAGCGAAAAAAAGCAAGCAAGAGGCGAUGAUUUGACUAGAGACCACGGUGCAACCGAAUUCUAUUUUCCACGGUCUGCGUACUUCGAGAUGGUACGCAGUUUCGAGAUAGAACAUGGGUGCGUACUUAAAACUGACCUCGAAGACAACCCGAUAUCGGUGUACCCUAUACCCCUGCAGCUUCCACUUUUCCUUUUCUUCUUACCAUGCACCUUCUUCGUUCCAUCGUGUCCCGCUUAUUUGUUUCUUUCUUUGUUUCUAAAAAAAAAUUGCUCCUCUUUCUAUUUUGUCCUUUCCCUCUUUCCCUUUCAGGGAAAUUGAUCGUAUAUUCCGAAAUGUCGGUCGAAAGGAAGGAAGAGAGCGCUUCCACGGUCUCGCGUGAAAUACGUCAAUCGUUUGACGCGAGAACGGAAGGACGCGUUCCGACGAGGAAGAAACGCGGGGGCACUCGAUCCGACCGAUCGAUUUCCUCGUCGACGCGGAACAGAACCUUCUCGUCAUUUGCAAUCGACAAGAAAACAUCAUCGACGACGAUUAACCUGUUCCUCCUCUACGAACGUUUUCCUUCUUUUCUUUUUACCUGAAAACCUUCCGAAAAGAAAUCCCUUCUCAUAAAUAUGCCGGUGAUUAUGUAUUUUAUACGCUACACGCACAUGCUCAUACAUAAAACACACGUACACACGUUAAUGUACUUAUUGCGAAUGUCGAGAGUAAUUCUUAGCGUAGUUAGUAUUUUAAUGAUCGCUAACCAUCCAUUAGUUGAGAAUGAUCAGUAGGUGAAGCAUGCUGGUUGAAAUAUCUUAGAUCCGAAUCCCGUUGUUCCUUCACCGCCCUCGUCGUUUCAUUGUAUUAUACGUGUUUUAAGAAUAGUAUAACUCGCUGCUCUGCUUCCUUGCAGACGUUUCAUCGCGACCGUGUCUCAUCGAAACGAUCAUUCGAUCGAUCUUUCCUUUUCCCUUUUCUCUUGUUUAUCUUUGAAAUUAUUUUUAUUAUUUUUUUUUUUAAUAUUUUCUCGAUGAAUGUUUGUACGCGUACGCAGUACGUUUUACUUUUUCUUCCUUUAAUUACAAUGUUAUCAAUUUGAAUGUACAUUCGCACAAAAUAUUAUCGAUCGAAUGUCUGCCACAUCAGCCAUGCUCUGAUACUUCAAAUAUUCGAUCGUUUCUAUUUUUCUUUUCUUUUCCUGGUAUAUGUAUCUUGUAUAUGGCUGGCAUACCCUUUACACGGAAAUUAAAAUGCCCACCUUCCAAAACCCAUCACUUUUAAUCGUUUAAAACUUUCAAUUAUCCGAUAUAAUCCCUCCGAUACUCAAAUUUUCAAAUGACGAACGAAAUACUUGAUCGUUUAUCGACGGAGCAGCAGUGAGUAGAGGAUUAAAAGAAGAACUUUUUCAAAGAAUCCGAGUCUCUUAACGGAGAUCGAUCGUUUCUGUAAUAAUACCGCAACUUUUUCUUAAACUCCCCUACCGCUGCUGCUGUUCUUUCACGCCAAAGCAGCGUUCCUCGAAAAAUAAAAGGGAGGGAAAGAGCCUUGGGAUAAAUACCGUUUUUUCCUCGGCCAAACGACCAAGGCGGACAACGGAGCGAGAAAGAGGGAUCGGAUGAAAAGAGACGAAGACAAAAAGAAAUAAUUCACCCUCGCCGAGGCACGUAUCAGACGUGUCUCUCGACUCGAUUAGACGAGUCCACCCACACCCUACACAAUUCUCCGUUUAUGGCUAUCCGAUAUUCCGUAUACCUCGUUCUAUCCUUAUUACUAUUUACUGUCAUUAUCGCUCUAUUAUUACUAUUAAUAUUGUCAUCAUCAUCGUUACUACUACUACUAUUAUCACCACACUUUAUCAUUAUUAUUAUCGGUUAUCAUCGUUAAUUAUUUUUACCGCCGGUAUCGUCACCCCUGCAAGUACGACUGCGAUCAUGGUUGCUGUUGCGUAUCGUUGUUAUAGUCAUCGAUCGUUGUUUUUCUAUUUUUCUGCUUUCCAUCGUAAUCUUAAUUACCGAUGAAUCGCGAGUUUCCAACGUAUUUUAAGGGAAACUCGAAAGGAUUGGAAAUACAUUGGUAAUCGCGAUGAGAAGACGGACGAGCGUAUUUAAACGAACGCUCGAGAAAUCUCAUUGUCGAUCUUCGUCUUCUUUCUUUCCCUCUUCAGUUUUACCUUUUAUGUUCGUACUUUUUCUUUCCAUUGUCAUUCUUAGUUCUUUUUCUUUUUCCUUCUUCCAAUCAUUACUAUAGUUGUUAUCUUAAUUUGGUUUCGCUACUUUGUUGUGCCAUAAACGCGGAUCCGUUGAACGAGCGAUGCCCGUGAUAGAAAAGGGACGAUAAAAACGCGCGGUACGAUACAUGGACAAUUCCGAACCGCGGAAAGAUCGAGACACGGCACGAUACACAGCAAGAGUACGCAGGGCGGCGAACGCGAAGAACGACGGAUAAUUAGUUUAGUUCCAUGCCUAGAUGAGUUGCCAAUAAAGUAGUUCGUUUCAAACUUGUAGCUAACCUGUAUUGUGUGUACGACAACCUUUUUUUCCCCUCUUCGUUGUUCCUCCUUCUUUCGUAAUAGAAACCCCUUUUACGAUCGUAUUUGUACAUCGCGGCUAACUAUAUCGUUUCUCUUACUUUCGCCAGAAGUAACUGUUUUUUUUUAUUUUCCUUGUUUUUUCAUGUUGUGUAAUACUUGACUCACUCACUCACGUAUUUAUUGUUUCUGUCUCUUCUAUAACUCACUUAAACUUCGAAUUAGCGUACCUGUCAGUAUUUACCGCCAUCCAUGAUGGCUCUCUCUCUCAUCAAUUUCUUUUUUGUAUUUUUCCCCCUUUCUUCUUUUAUUUUUUUAGUAGAAGAUUUCUUUCCUUUUUUCUUUUAUUUAUUUUUUUUUUUAUUCACCGUUCGGUCGGUGGCGUCGAAGGCUGGCGCAACCGUCGGUGCCGGAGGCACAGUACCGCGGGCGCAUCGCUAAUUGGCUAAUUAAUAUUAAGCCGUAAUUAGCCUCGUUAACCCCGGUAGGCAUUCGUUUCGCGCCGCUCUCUGGUUGGUCGGAACACGAGCGUUGCGUGCCCUUUGCAUUCGCCGCGUUUGUUCGCAACUCCGAUUCACCUUGUACCGCGCAUCCAACCCUCUACCCUCGGCUACUCCUAUUUCUUGGGUGCUCGCGAAUCGCCGUGACCUCGCUUGGACAUUUUGCGAAGCGUUACAAAAACGUGACCGACACGCGUGAAAAUCGCGACAAAAUACCUUGCAACGAACGAAUAAUUUCCGUUUGUAUGGAAACGAAUCGUCACUUGGAAGAUUCGCUUUCGCGGAAAGAGUGAAAUAAAAAGAACGAACAGUUUCCGUUGAACCGAAGAGCGGCGUGCCCUCCUCCGGUAUACGUCACGCGUAUGCAUUACGCAUUACGCGUAGACGAAUAGAAUUUUGAAAGUUACUUUCCUUUUUCUGUCGCUCCAUGUUGCUUCUUAAGCGGUUUAAGAUAGCCAGCGGAUGUGUUGUAGCGCAUGCAUCUUAGUUAGACCACUCCUGGCGCACUCUAACCAGCAAGUAAGAGUAAAGUUUAAUAAAUUCGAUAUGUACACAGUUUUUUUUUUUUUUUUGUCAAAUCUCCAGCGGGCCCAUCUCGCCCCAGACGAUUCCUCGGCGGUUCUCGCGGCGAAGGGAUCGCCCGCACUACUCGUUUCUCCAUUCGAUCCCGUUUUACCUCCCGUGAUUUCUCAUUGCCAACGAGAACGCGGAGGAGCGGCUUAACCGCGCGUCAACCCCUUUUAACCCUUUGCACUUGGUAGAGGGAUCUUUUCGAUCGAGUCUCCACACAAAACUGCGUUGAUCUCUAGCUACGGAUAUCGAGGAGUGAGUUUUGUCGAUCAUUCUGUCGAACAAGUGGGCCGUGCGCAAAGGGUUAAUCGCGAGCAAAUUGGUUUCGUUUCGUCGCCGAUUUCGGAAAAAGUGACCGUCUUCCAAUCCUGUCCCUUUCGAUUCGUACGCUCGAGCGAAGUCUGUAAUCCACGAAUCACUGACGGUUACGCUUGUACGAUUUAACGAAGCUCGAUAUGUCAAGGUCGAUAGAAGCGGAAAAGGAAGAGGAACUCGCGAACGACAUCGGGAGCAUCGAUGGUGGACUGGAAGUUCGCCCGAGCGUACGAAUACACCUGGUACCCGGAGCACGGAGAAAGAACCUCUUCCGAUUUUGAUCGUUUCACACGGAUGAACGAACGCGAGUUCGGACGGGUCUGCCCGAAAAAAUUCUCCGCGGUAAGACGCGCGAAAAUCUUGCCUUCGAAGCUGUCUUAGAUGAAAAGAUCCCCGAUCCUUUUCGAGGCUGGGAUCGGUGUGUACAUAUCGUCGUCGAGUAUUAGUUUAAUACGAACCUUUAGAGCGUAGUUCGUUUUAUACCUAUACGCCGCGCUGUGAUUCCUCACGUGUGAUACCCCUCGAGCAAGAGGGCGAGAGGAGGGCGAAGAAAUAGGGAGUGUCGAGCAGCGGAAAGCCAAAGUAUCGCGAGUUCGUCGUCGUACUUAACGGACCAAUUUGGUAGACGUUUGAACGUAUUCCUCGAGAGUCGAGCGUUCCGUAUAUCCGAGCGCUCGCUACCAGUUUUUCAGCUGCGUCGGCCACACAGCUUAAAUACAUAUCGACUCGCGCAACAUAUCAUUUUACAAUUUAUCAACUAAUUCGAUUCUGCUGUAUCUUCCCGCGAGUAUCGAUCCUCGAUCAUGGAUCUUCGACGUGCCGCCGGGACCAGUUGUUCGUGGAUCCGCGUCUUCGACUUAGAACGUCUAUGAAAAAGAAAAAAAAAGAAAGAGGAAAAAGAGGGGAGAAAGAAGUAAAAGAAAACGAAUAGAACUGGCGCAGUUCUCGCGCAACAGAUUGCACUUUCUCCGUGCAAUCGGCUACCCCUUCCCCUCGUUUCACAAGAUUAUCGAUUCAACAGAGACCCGAGUGCCUUAAUCCGAUCUCUAUCUUGAGCCCCCUCACCGAUCGUUCCCCCUCCGUGAAAUUCGAAAGACAAAGAAAUGAACGCGAGAUUAAGAAAGAAAAUACAGAACGAUAGAAACGGAAAACAAAAAAGAAAAGAGAAACAUAUGUUGCACAAAAAAAAAGAGAGUCGAAGAGAAGAGAAGCAGGAACGAUUUAGACGCAUAUUAAUUCCCAUAGGCAGUAGAAUUGAGUGUCGAUCGAUAGAGAGAACGCGAGAAACUGAGACGCUUCCACUGAUUCAGAUCCACGAUUUGGCGACUACGACGGCUGAGAAUCAGGUAAGACUACUUUUCUUCAUCCCCUUUUUACCUUUACUAUUUUUCAUGUAUAUAUGUAUACAGACUGAUUCGGGAAUCGUAGUACGCUGAGAAAAACAAAGAAACGACAAUAUACGCUUCUCUUUCCAAAGGAAAACUACUUUCCAUAUAUUAUGUAGAUAUAUAAUAUAUAUAUAUAAUAUAUACAUAUAUAUUCCAUAUAUAUUCAUUUCUCCUUCUUCGAACGGAAGGACAGCAAACUACUCUCGGUUGUACCAAGAUUUUCGACUCAGCCAGCGCAGAUGGACGCAUAUGGACGCAUUACACGUAUUAUUACAAAUUUGCAUUAUUUGACCUUAUCUUAAAAGUAGAUAUUUCGCAUAGCGAGUGUAGACGUUGCGAGGUUUAGAGGCGUAUUAGUUGCGCGCAUUAUUUAUUGUCGAUAACGAAUCUCCCUGUGGCUUGUGAUGAGCCCAGGAACGAUACCACCUUCUACCCAUACGCAUUGUAAUAUAUGAUAAAUGUUUGUAGUUACUAGUAGAGUUGAAUAUCGUCGGUAACGUAGAAGUAGAUAAGAUAUGCACAAUUGAAACGUUUCCUUUUGUAACUGAUUCCAGAGCCUCGUUACCGCGAACGGUUGACUUCCGUUUCAAAACAUAAUAAUUAGGCCCUUCUUUUCUCUCUCUCUCUCUCUCUCUCUCUCUCUCUAUUUAGACCGGAUAUUUAUUUAGACUGGAUAUAUAUAUAUAUAUCAAUAUCCAGUUCGUAUGAUCGAAAAGAUUCAACCGUAUCCCAGUAACGAUGGUUCUAGGUAUCAUAUGGUCGAGGAAUUUUCCACGCGGCAACGUAUCCGCAAUCUUGCCAAUCGGAUUUGAGCAGAGAGUUCGAUGACCAGCGUCUUUUCAAAGUUUUCUUGUUAACGAAACUCGCGAAGCAUCAACGCGACCUCACUUCACGUUAACACCUUCGCAACCGUUCUCGGAACUUUUUUCUUAAAACCGUUUUUCGUAUCGAAAAUUAAUCGUCUCCCGGUGAAAAAUUUCUCGCGUUUACGAUCGACCCCAUUCGUUACCGCGUGGACAAUUCAAUGACAAGAAAGUACCAGUGUCAGAGCUAUUCGUCGAUGGCCAGUAUCGAGGUUUACAGUAACGGUGUGUGUCGUGCAUGUGUAACGACUUGUACAUAACUAACAUGUGUCUGAACGAUUAUCUCGUAUUCACGCAUGAUCUUCACUGGAUACUUGCUACUAACGCUUGAACCUUCGGAAAAAGAAAAGAAAAAAAAAAAGAAAAAGAAGAAAAACACGUCAGUCAAUUGAACGUCUCCGAGAGUUCGGUAGUGAAAUGCUUGGUGAUACGAGACAGUCGUGCCGGAUCGAGGCAAAGCGCGAGGCCUUACCCAAAGUCACAUGCGUGACUCGAGAAAGCAAAGAAACAGAGGAACAAGUAUACGUAACUUUGCAAUCGUUGAUCUCGCUAAAAUGAUUCACCACUACUGCCACCAUUACCAUCCACUACCAAAAAACCAUCGCUGCUACCAUCGUUGUUUCCAUCGAUCGGAAAGCGAGAGAGAAUGUGUGAUAGGAAAGAAAGAGAGCGAGCGAGUGAGAAAGAAAUUAUCCGAAGAUCAAAGUUGAAAUGAAUCGCUUUUAUGACGGUGUGGUGCACUUGAAUGUCGGCUUUUACGGUCAAGCUUUCCAUCGUGUUUAACGGCAAUCGAGAUUCAUAAAUAGACUUUUCUUGCGUCAAAAUUCUCAUCGUAACCUAUCGCGUUUGGAGAGCUUGCCGCGUGUAAAAAGGGACGCUCGAAACGAAGAAAGUCCAGCCAAUCUAACUGGUGAAAAAAUGCAAAAGAUUGGUGAACGAAAGAAAGGAAAAACGCGAGGUCGUGCAUCGUGGCUGGCCUUUUUUUCGUUUUUCAAGGCACUCUUUCAAAAUGGGACCCACGCGUUUUACGUAGCGCUUCUUUCAGGCCGACGAAUUUGUUCGGCGUCUUGUUCUUCCAGUACAUAUAUACAUAUAAAUAUACAUAUAUAUAUUAUACAUACAUUCAUACAUACACAUAUGCAUACACGAAUAAAUUAACAAACAAAUAAAUUCUAUAUAUAUAUGUAUAUGUAUGUAAAAAUAUGCGUAUAUGUUAACGGAUGUGUAUAGGUAACCAAGAAAAAAACAAAAAAAGAAAAAUCGGCGAUCGAGCCGACUCUCGACAUAACUCUCGACACGAGGAGAUCCUCCAAUCGAUAUCGAGGGACAACGAACUAUCGAUCGUCGCAACGUCGUUUAGUAACAAAAUUUUCUCGUCAUUCGAUAGAAAUCGUACCGAGCGAUUAUCGAGAAUCCGAUGGAUACGAACUUCAGUGCUAAUUUCCCUUACUUCCCCCGAGUUUUCCACCUACAUCACGUUUACUCUCCAGAUCGACCGACUACGGCCUGUGUCUGUAAAUAAUUAAUCCUGAAUCGGUCGUCAAAGCGGUCGAUCGAUCAUCGAUCGCCAAAGAAGCAUAGUUUGUGACGCGGGAGACGCCCAACGUUCAAUCCCACGGAAAUUUUAAUACAAGUUUUUCAGGCAUCUACCUCACUUCUAUCUUCCGCUGCGUCGUAUCGCAGCAACCGUUUCUAAACGCAUAACGUCUCCUUUUCCACCUUUGCUACUCUUCCACGUUAACGCGAUCGUCGCACAAACUAUUCUUCUAUCACGGGGCCCGCCAAUGGGAUCGUGUUUUUCUUGUCCAGCCGAUGCGCAAGCUCGAUUUUUGCGUGACGAUCUUAAAAGGACGAGACUCUUAGAAUCCGAGGAACGAUCGUCGAUCCCACGACGGUCGCGAUCGGCGUUACGUUUUGUACAUACGUACAGAGUUUUGAUAAACGAUAUCGAUAGAAAGUUUUUAGGAGGAGAGUUUAGGUUUCGACUGGAGAAGAAAACGGACGGGCCUUGAUGAUUAUCGCGUGUGUCAUUCGUUUCAAGGUUCGUUCGUUUCCCUCGGCUAGUGCUGUUGUUACCUAAAGUUUUGCCACCUGUACUUUAUUAACGCUCGGUAUUGAUAAGUCGAAUACGAUAUCCCAUAUUUUUUUAUUCAACCUGAUCGAAAUAUAUCCCGAUUGUUGGUAAAGAAAGAGAAGGAAGAAAGAGAAAGAGAGAGAGAGAGAGAAAAGGAACGGGGGAAAAGCGUCGAGGAAAAGGAAAUGCCAAUUAGUUCGAUCGAGCUCCCAAUCGUUCGAUACGCGUAUUUAUCAGAUUCUCGUACUCCCCCUUCGUUCACCGCGGCACACAGAUUGUUUCAAUUUUCUUGCUCCCUCAACAACGCGUACAUCGACAGAGGUAAGCUGAAAUCAGCUAAAAGACUCAGAGAUGAGCUUUCAAUGGUAUAUGCAACCGGCUUGAAUUUACGCGAUCGCAUUUCAGCCCGUACGAUCAAGCUUUGUGUACGUUUUGCGAGUACAUUUCAUACGAAUCGUUUUCACGAGAUGCUCUGACCCGUCGAGUUAACCUGUGUAUUGUAAAAACGACGAAAAGUCGGAGAGCACGUCCCACUCGAAUCGACGACCUGAGGUAGCAAGCGGUAUAUGCGAACCGAAACUCAAAGACGAAAAUAGAGUUAGGAAAAAUAGCGAAGAGAACGACGAAAGGACCUCGAUCUCGCCGAUUCGAGCGGUCGCUCGAGCGUUCGUUCGUUCAACGAUACGUGACAAUUAUGGGACGAGGACACUUUGCAGUCUCGAGGGUGUUGAAAAAGUACAAACCGGGAUAAACGUUAAACCGGGUCGACUAGUUACGACAGACCGGGAAGGACGGAGUCCCGUUUACGCGAGCCCUUGUCGAUCGAGAUCUACAACCAAGUGAAAAGAGACGUUCUUCCAGGACAUUUAUCCCGGCCGACCAGGCUCCCCGAACACGGGACUUUUUCCUCCCAUUUAGCAUGUAGCCACGCGUGUAGCGACAUAUCUCGCGUGACAGUUACAGGUGAUUUUAAUAUCGAUAUUAUGGUUAGUCAUACACAAGUAUUACCACCAUCAUCACCAUCACACGUCGUCGUCUUCUUCACCAUCAUCAUCAUCAUCAUCAUCAUCAUCAUCAUCAUCGUCGUCGUCGUCAUCGUCGUCGUCGUCGUCAUCGUCGUCGUCAUCACCAUACGUCAAGUAGCAUUGAAUAUAUUCUUUCGUCGAACGUGCCAUUAGUUUAUAAUCGUUGCUAUUAGCAUUCUUAUUUUCAUUGACGUCACAUUAGUGUUAUUUGGCCGCGUAAGUUGCGCACCGAACGCUUCUAUUCCUUUCAAUUGACUCGAGAGUUAAGUAAUUUACUGUUCGCAGCAAAGAUUGCUAUCGUAUACAAUUGGAAUUGAUGUUUCUUCUGUACUUCCCGUGUUCCGAGGACGAAGCUUCGACACAGCGUAAGCAGCAUUCACCUCGUAAGCAGCAUUCCCGCGGGCAACGAUCUUACUGACUUUCCAAUAACGACCUCCGUAUUCGUUAGCUUCCCAAGCUGUUUCGUUCGUCGUUAGGGCGCUUGCUCACUUGUCCUUACGCGACUACCGUGACUUUCGAUGCGACAACCGUGUAUGAUUUUUACAGAGAAAUCGCCAGGAUCGUAUAGAACACGCGAUAGAUCUCUCACUGUAGAAACGAUCGCGUACGAUAGGAUGAAUGGCGCGUUUAUUGGAAAGAUCAUGAAAUCGUAGCCAGUAGAUCAACCCAACUCCACAACGCAAUUAGUAUAGUGUCAGCUAGCUAGACAGCCGAAUAGUAAAACACAAUGUGUAGUCAACUCGUGUAAUUUACUUACUCGAUUUAAAUGGGUAAGCAACAAAAAGACAGUAAUAAGUGAGGUUUAAUUAAGUAGUAGUCGAACGCGAGACAUAGCAACAGCGAAGUAGCGGAAAAACUCUGUGCGUGUGUGUGCGUGUGCGCGCGUAUUCGCGUAUGUUUAUCGAAUGCGAGGGAGAGGAAGAUGAUCGAGCGAAAGAAGAACGUGAAUGAGAAAGGGAUAUCGAAGGAAUAAUUAUCAACGUAUUUACUGCAGGUAAACUGGUUACUGUACCUGUUGUUGUUGAAAACAUUAAAAACACUCUUAUUCCAUGCUAAUACCGCUUAAUAUAUUUUACCCCUUUCCAUCGACUCUCCGAAAUAUUCGAUCGACUAGAGUGAGAUCAGACCCUUGGCGCACAGACUAUCGGUCAAAGUUUAAUUAAUCGAAUCGUUUUCAAUCGAUGGGAUGGCGAGUCAACGCGAUAAUAUCGAUUCCUUUGGUAAUGACGAGACGAAACUUUCAAUUUCCAACCGAUCAGAAAUUUGCACGCAGCAAUACCAAUCAUCGCGCGACGAACUUUCUUAGAACCACAUCGAAUCGAAGUGUAGUUCGAACGUUUUUGAAUCCUUUGUUUCUUUAGUACGUGUACGUUAUUACACUUGGCUGACGCUGCUUAUUUCCAAUUUUCGUAAUAUUCAGAUUCCUUUAAGCCCGCGAUAAGUUCGUAUAACGAUCAAACGAGAUAACACGAAAAGACACAAGCUUGCGUAGGAACUCGAUCGAUCGGUAUCCGUCGUAUUCCACGUUCCUCUACUCUGUCAAAUCGUACUUCAUUCGUAAUACAUAAAUAUGCUAUUAUCCGGUAACGUAAAUGAAGCGUCACGAUUAUUACGCAGUUAUUGGUAUCUCGAUGCAUCACGCGCCCGCGUGUGUACAUAUUAUAUAUAUAUAUAUACACGUACUAUAAAUAUUAGUAUCUCUUUGUAGUAGUUAAUUGGCCCCUUAUUUGCGCCGCUGGCCGUAUUUUCAUACGUUAUUGUUCCUGAAAUCCAACGCAUACCCUGUCUCUUUCGAGUCUUUUUUUUUUUUUUUACCGUUUCGAAAGAAAAGGAGGAAAAAGAACAAAGAAAAGAAUAUUUCCACUUGUUGAAUUUCCUUAAUUUUUAACGUGACGAACGGCCAGUAGCGCACAUUCGUAGGAAUUAUGGUUUCUUCCCGUUCCUUGGUCGAAGUUCUUCCGAACGAUACGAUCGCAACCUGAACCGUAAUUAAACAGAGCAUGAGAACUGCGUGUAAAUUGACUUUCGAUUCGUAUAGGGGUAAACAGUAGUAUAAUCAAAUAAAUAGAUAUAAUGACCGCUGGUAAUGAAACAGUAUCUAGUGAAAGAACGGAUGAUACUCUGGAACGGUUGUUUCCGAUUCGAGCAACGUGGGAAUUUUAAGCAACUGAAGGUGAGUGACAAUAAAGGGGGAUUAUUUUUACACGGAUUUUAAUGGCAGUGAAUUUUAUCCCCCUGGUAUCAUUUUGUGUAAAAUAGAGUUAGCGAGAGAAGAAAAACGUUUAUUCGCCGGACGUGCCGAAUUCGAAAAUAUCUCUGUGUAGCGAAAUAUCAUUUCGACUCAACUGAAAAGGCUAAGUACAGUCUGUAUCGACGAGUGUGUGAUAUAACCUUAACAAUCAUUAUUGUUUGAAUGAAAGCGUAGGAUGAUGUGGUUCUACAAAUAUCUGUCUUACCCUCCUUGUUUCUGUGUCGACGUUUCUUAAAUAUAAACGAGUAGUUUGUUACUUUGUUCAAUUAUAGAGGAAACUAGGUUUUACUUGGACCGACGACAGGAAGAGUUUUUUUUACGUGGCUUGUUUGAUGAUUGGUGCAAGAGUAGUGAGACUUUUAUUGUAAAAAAGCAAACACUCAACUUAGAGUAAUCGUCUAUUUUAUUCGAUCAUCGAACGAACGAACAGGGAGACCCCGUUUACCAAUUACAUAGCAUACUCAUCAUUGAUUAAAUAAAAUCGAACCAAUGUCCCGUAAAUGUUUCAUCGUAACCGGAUAGGUGCACGUCGCUGAUCGAAUAAAACUCGACGCGUUCGAUUCUUUGUUAUCGAUUAGAAGAAUUUUUCUUAUCUGUAUAUUGGCCCGGUUUAGAAAAGAUCUUGAGAGACAACACGCGUGUGCAUGGAGCCAUCGUCGAAAUCCAAAUGAAAAUUCAAAGUUCCUUUCUUUCUCGAACGUGCCUAAGAAAAAUGAUAUUUCGUAAUAAUAAUCUAUCUGUAACCAUGAAAAUCGCUCCAUGAACAUACGAAAGAUGAGAAACGUACUCGUUUUAAUUUCCACGAUAAACCCUUGAACGAUCAAUUUUCUUGCAGCAUCGUAGAAAAGUAGCACCCUUUAAUACUUGAAACAAUUUACACACUUUUAGACAUAGUUGCAGCUGACGUAAUGGAUAAUGUUUAGAAUCUAGGUAGAGAAACUAGGUAUUUUCGUCGAAAAUCUGGACGAUGGUAAACCCGUAGGAUUAAAGAGAAAAAAGAGAAAGAGAGAGAAACGCCGUAAAGGCGUUCGAUCCCGUUUCUGCAACGAAUUUCCAAGAACGAGCGUAUCGCGUGGCGUUCACCAACGAAAACACGAGUUAGCAUGCGAUAUGCUAAUGGAAGCUGAGUGGAUCUUCCUUGUGGAUUUUUCGCGACCAAAGAAACGCGUGUACAUUGAAUCUUACCCGUGAAGAAAGGUCGAAUGCUUGCUCGCUGCUUCGACGAGCAAGAUCGAACUCGAUGAUGCGCUCAAUUUCCCUCGAUAGCCCAAAGUACAGCAACGACGCGGGUUAAUUCGAACGAGGGCUGGCCUAAUUCGAUUAAUAAAAAAGAUUUUGUUCCGCCGAUGGUACAAAGUUGACGAGGAGCGAACCAUUUCGAACUAUAAUUGGAGGAAAAAGAAAGAAAGCGAAUAAUUUUACGAAAGAAUGAAAUCUAUUCCAUGCGAGUAUCCAUCGCUUUGAUAUUGCAUUUACGACAGUUUACAACGAUUCCGGGGCAAGAGCGAGUGCACGCGUUAAUGCGUAUAAGGCGUUGAACAAAAUUUUCUAUCGAUAACCGUUCGACGAGUCAAUUUAGGAAUACGACGAAUUAAUACGCAACGCUCUCGUCCCGAACAAACCAGACAUUCCAAAACGAUACUCGUUCAUGUAUUAUAUGUGAUAACGAAACCGCGUUGAUGAAUUUUGUAAUUGUAAUACGUUGUCGGGCUGACGGCUCGCAAUUCUCCUAGCAACGAACGAAUCGACAUUUUGCAGGCGAAGAGAAACGGAAGGUGAAAGCGACGCGCGAGGAUACACAGGGAAAAUAAAGGGCCUCUAUCUAAAUUGGCUUUUCGUGCCACGAAAACGGAAGAUUCAGGGAAAGAGAUACUAUCCUACGAAUAUAUUCGAUCGAAAGAACGAUGCGGCGGUCUCUUUUUCAUACGAGAACCUUGUGAUCCACCUUUCUCGACCAAACGUCGCAAGACUUAUUUUGUUACGAUGUUGUAGCAUUAGCGAGUCAUCGAAUUACCUCAAGGUACGUUCAAAGAUACAGUGUAAAGGAAUCGAUGCGGAAUAAGCGUGAAAGAAUCGUCGAUGAUUGAAGAUUGUACCGAGCGAUGCGUACAACUCGCGACCGUUUGUAUCGUUAUCCAAUAUCGUUCUGUUCGACAGAGGCACGACUGUAGAAACUCUAGGAAUAUAAGCGCUUUUGUAUGCCAAACGAGUACAAAAUCUGUACAUAUCGUCACUGUAUUAUCAUAUAUAUA